AUGGGUCAUCGCACAGACCAGUUUAUCACCGAUGGAGGCAACGAUGCCGCAAUCAACCAGUAUGUGAGUGGGACUGAAAUCCCAGACGAUCAAAUAAUCGACUCCAUCUUUUCAGAAAAAAAGACACUACACGCAGAUGAUGCCAUAGACUACGAGGAUAUAGAUGAGCUUGCAGAUGACGAGUUACCCGAUGAGGAAGAGCCCCUACUGGAUCACCAGCUCGAGGAUGACGAGUUUGAUCAGCUACUACGAGACGAUGUAAAUCCAGCCGACCUAUCAAACUUCGAUUUUGGGAAGGAAGAGCAGAGAGCGCAGGAGAUGGCCGACGAUGAGUUUGAUAGAAUGUUUGAUGACGCUACUACCACUGAGGUAGACGAUGACCAGCUCGGUAACUUGAAGUCGGCAAACCCGAUUGAAGACGACGAGCACAACGAGUUUGAUGAUUUUCAAAAUAUAUUCGAAUCCAGCGAGGAAACAAAGACGCGGAUUUUUGAACAAAACAAGCUCCGAGAAGAGAAACGGGCAAAGGUGUUGGCAUUUAUUGAAAAAUUGGAAAAGCGACGAACAAAGAGGCUAAUUUCCCGCUGUUUUCCUGACUGUACACCUGAAAAGCCCGUUGAUUUUUUCAAGUUUUUCGCUCCAGCACCCAAAUACUACCGGUACACCAAACCUCUCAUAUCUUCAAACCGGGUCCGCAAAGUGCUAGUUCCACUAAAGCAGAAGCUAGAGCUUGAUUCUGAUAGAAGAAGAGCAUUCAAGCAAGCUGUACCCUCGACGACGACGGCGACGACGACUUCAUCUGAAAAUGAACGGAAUGUAUCCACAAUCAGCUCGGCCGAUUUGGAGUUUAUCAAAAAUUUGAAAGCGAAAAGGUCUUCCAUCGAUUCGUUUAUUAAAAAACUGAAUUUUCUCGAAAGAGACUGGCACAACGACGAUAAAUUCAAAGAUUUUUCCAAGGAUCUCAUCUUGUCCACUACGGACUGGAAUGACGAUGAGAUUAUCAAUGCCGGGGACGAGAGUGCAAGCCUACCUAAACAGCCAAUAAAAGCUCCAGAGUUUAACUAUGUACUGGACGAUGUGUCUGACGAGGACAUCUUUGACGGCAAACUCAACAACAUUGUUGAAAAGUUUAAACUUGAUAUGAACGAUCCCAAUUUGUUAUUCCUUCCGAUGAAUGAGAACAAGGUAAAUGCAAAGAACUUGUCGCGAAUGUCAGUGGAGCAAAGGUUCAACAUCUCCAACGAUGACGAGUAUGAGUUGUUGCGGAAGAAUUACAACACCAAGCAAAGAUCGCAGUUGAGCAACUUGAACAUUGAGCACUCUGUUCCGGCAUUGAGACUCCAAACUCCAUUUUACAAGGUUAGAUUAACCAAGGCAGAUGCCAGGUCGUUCCAUCGUCCAGUAUUCAAUGUCAGAUCGGGCACUUUGAUGAGCUUUACAAGGUUGAAGCUAAGGAAAAAGAAGAAGGAUAAGGGCAAGUCUUUGCACGAGGUGUUUGCCAAAACAACAGACCUCACUACAGCCGACACGGCAAACAUCGUGGCACUUGAGUAUUGCGAGCAGUAUCCUUCUAUUCUUUCAAACUUUGGAAUGGGCUCCAAAUUGAUCAAUUACUACCGCAAGGAGAAGUCCGACGACCUGUCGCGCCCCAAGGCCCCGAUUGGGGAGACGCACGUCUUGGGAGUCGAGGACCGAUCGCCGUUUUGGAACUUUGGCGAGGUUGGUCCCGGUGAUCUUGUGCCGACAUUGUACAACAACAUGGUGCGUGCGCCGAUUUUCAAGCACGACACGAGAAACACCGAUUUUUUGCUCGUUAGUUCUCAAGGUGCAGGCGCCCAUCAAAAGUUUUAUCUUCGGAGUAUAAAUUUUAAUUUCACUGUGGGCAAUGUGUUUCCAGUUGAGAUCCCAGCUCCCCACUCUAGAAAAGUCACCAACAUUUCGAAAAACCGUCUCAAGAUGAUUGUGUACCGAGUCAUGAACGCUAAAGGUGCUCCGCGUAUUGUUGUGAAGGACGUAUCGAAGCAUUUCCCGGAACAAAGCGACAUGCAGAGCAGGCAAAGGCUCAAGGAGUUUAUGGAGUACCAAAGACAAGGUGAUGACCAGGGUUUUUGGAAAGUGCGCGGAAUGGAAGACAACAUCCCUACUGAAGAGGAGAUCCGCGCCAUGAUCACUCCUGAGGACUCGGCUCUAAUGGAUACAAUGCAGUGCGGUCAACAAGUGUUGGAAGAUACCGCCGUUUUGUUUGGUGAUGAUUCAAAAGAAGCUGCUAAAAGGAGAAAAGACUCCGAGAGGAAAGAUGCCGAGGAACCUCUGGCACGCGAUGACGACGAAGCAAAGAAGGAAAAAAAUACGAAAAAACCAAGCAAGGAGGUUGAUGCCGCCGAACUUGAAUAUGAAGAAGAAAUGGCGCCUUGGAAUUUGUCGCGGAAUUUUGUCGUUGCUAACCAAACAAAAGCCAUGCUUCAAUUGAAUGGAGAAGGGGACCCAACGGGUAUCGGUUUAGGGUUGUCCAUGCUCCGCGCUUCUCAAAGAACUCCUUUCAAACCAUUUUUCCAACAAGCACCCGAGGUGGUCCCCAAGAGUAAUGCAGCAGCUCACAAUCAAAAACUUUACGAGCUGGAAAUCAAGAGAAUAUGGUACUCGCAGCGAACCUCGCUCGUUGAUCACGGGCCCGAGUAUGAUUUGCAGCAGAUUUACAACGACUAUACACCGGCCAAGCACGAGGAAUACCUUAUCAACAAGAUGAAACAAGAACAAAAAGACCAAGCUAAAAGCGAAGACAAAGUCUUGAAGAUCACCCGACGCGUACGUGACGCCAACGGCAUCUUGCAAAGAAAAAUCGAAGUGAUCAACGACCCUCGCUUGAUCCGGGCCUAUGUGAAGCGCAAGAAAAUCUUGGAGGACGAAUUGUUGCGCAGUGCCGAUGUCGACGAAAUCUUGCCCACAAACGACAAGGAAUUGAACAAGUUGCGCCGUAAGGCUCUUGAAGAAAAACUUGCCAAUUUGGAAAAGCGAGCCAAGCAAAGCAAAGCCAAAAAGGUCCCCAACGAUGCGAUCCAUGCUGCGGCAGCUGCCGGUGCCACCAUUAUUGAUGCCAACACUGUGAUGAUGCCAGACGGGACCUACGUGAUUGGUGGCAAAGGGAUCGGGAAGGGCAAGAGCACUACGCGUAGGUGCAAAUCGUGUGGCUCUUUUGGCCAUAUUAGAACUAACAAGACUUGUCCCUUGUAUAACCAAAUGAUUGCCGGGUUAUUACCUCAAAAGCCCAAUGCAAACGGUGCUGCUUCGUCGCCUGAACAGCAGGAUAUGGGACCAUCAAACCAAGGUAGUCCCGUUGGACUAACUGAGGCAAGCGCAUCGCCCAAACCCAUCAUGUCGGGAUCACCUACGGGAAAUGACUAA